AUGGAAUGGAAGGAUACUCUUGUAGUCCUUAUUCCAAAAGUUAAUAAUGCUUAUUUCCCAUCUAAGUUCAGGCCAAUUAGUCUUUGUCAGACUAUUUACAAGGUAAUUGUUACUGUUUUGUUAAAAAGAAUCAAGACAUUGCUCCCGCUCUUUAUUGAUGAACUUCAAGUUGCUUUUGUACUGGGUAGAUCUAUAUCUGGACAUUGUUUGAUUUCACAAGAAAUGAUGGAGAAGUUUAGAAGAUCUCAAUCUAAAAGUGGUUUAUGUGCAAUAAAGAUUGACAUGGAACAAGCUUAUGAUUGCAUGAGCUGGGAUUCGUUAAGGAAGGUCACGCAGUUACUAAAAUUUCCUUCAAAUUUUAUUGGCUGGAUUUUACAAUGUGUUUCUAAUCCUUGGUUUUCUAUAUCCAUUAAUGAUAUUCUGUCAAAGGCUAUUGCACAAUCUGGAGAAGAAAGAAUUGGAGUUUCUUUAUGGUGGUCAGUUUUUAAAAAACCUGGGAGAUCGUGGUUCAUUCUACAGGAGGGCUGGAGAUCUUUGAAGGCUGCUAUCAGAUGGAAUUUCGGUAACGGAACUUCAACUUCUAUUCUCAAGGAUGUUUGA